AUGCAGAAUGAGCAGCACCCAGCGCAGCCCGGGUUCCUGCCCGGCCCCCAGCGCAGCCCGGGUUCCUGCCCGGCAUCCAGCGCCCAGCGCAGCCCGAGUUCCUGCCCGGCAUCCAGCGCCCAGCGCAGCCCGGGUUCCUGCCCGGCCCCCAGCACCCAGCGCAGCCCGGGUUCCUGCACAGCACCCAUCGCAGCCCGGGUUCCUGCACAGCACCCAGCGCAGCCGGGGUUCCUGCCCGGCCCCCAGUGCAGUCCAGGUUCCUGCCCGGCCCCCAGCGCAGCCCGGGUUCCUGCACGGCCCCCAGCGCAGCCCGGGUUCCUGCACGGCCCCCAGCGCAGCCCGGGUUCCUGCACAGCACCCAGCGCAGCCCGGGUUCCUGCCCGGCCCCCAGCGCAGCCCAGGUUCCUGCCCGGCCCCCAGCGCAGCCCGGGUUCCUGCCCGGCCCCCAGCGCAGCCCGGGUUCCUGCCCGGCCCCCAUCGCAGCCCGGGUUCCUGCCCGGCCCCCAGCGCAGCCCGGGUUCCUGCCCGGCACCCAGCGCCCAGCGCAGCCCGGGUUCCUGCCCAGCCCCCAGCGCCCAGCGCAGCCCGGGUUCCUGCCCGGCACCCAGCGCCCAGCGCAGCCCGGGUUCCUGCACGGCCCCCAGCGCAGCCCGGGUUCCUGCCCGGCCCCCAUCGCAGCCCGGGUUCCUGCCCGGCCCCCAUCGCAGCCCGGGUUCCUGCCCGGCACCCAGCGCAGCCCGGGUUCCUGCCCGGCACCCAUCGCAGCCCGGGUUCCUGCCCGGCCCCCAUCGCAGCCCGGGUUCCUGCCCGGCCCCCAUCGCAGCCCGGGUUCCUGCCCGGCACCCAGCGCAGCCCGGGUUCCUGCCCGGCACCCAUCGCAGCCCGGGUUCCUGCCCGGCCCCCAUCGCAGCCCGGGUUCCUGCCCGGCCCCCAGCGCAGCCCGGGUUCCUGCCCGGCACCCAGCGCCCAGCUCAGCCCGGGUUCCUGCCCGGCACCCAGCACCCAGCGCAGCCCGGGUUCCUGCCCGGCACCCAGCGCCCAGCGCAGCCCGGGUUCCUGCACGGCCCCCAUCGCAGCCCGGGUUCCUGCCCGGCCCCCAUCGCAGCCCGGGUUCCUGCCCGGCACCCAGCGCAGCCCGGGUUCCUGCCCGGCACCCAUCGCAGCCCGGGUUCCUGCCCGGCACCCAUCGCAGCCCGGGUUCCUGCCCGGCCCCCAUCGCAGCCCGGGUUCCUGCCCGGCCCCCAUCGCAGCCCGGGUUCCUGCCGGCCCCCAGCGCCCAGCGCAGCCCGGGUUCCUGCCCGGCACCCAGCACCCAGCGCAGCCUGGGUUCCUGCACGGCACCCAGCGCAGCCCGGGUUCCUGCCCGGCACCCAGCGCAGCCCGGGUUCCUGCCCGGCAUCCAGCGCCCAGCGCAGCCCGAGUUCCUGCCCGGCAUCCAGCGCCCAGCGCAGCCCGGGUUCCUGCCCGGCCCCCAGCACCCAGCGCAGCCCGGGUUCCUGCACAGCACCCAUCGCAGCCCGGGUUCCUGCACAGCACCCAGCGCAGCCGGGGUUCCUGCCCGGCCCCCAGUGCAGCCCAGGUUCCUGCCCGGCCCCCAGCGCAGCCCGGGUUCCUGCACGGCCCCCAGCGCAGCCCGGGUUCCUGCACGGCCCCCAGCGCAGCCCGGGUUCCUGCACAGCACCCAGCGCAGCCCGGGUUCCUGCCCGGCCCCCGCGCAGCCCAGGUUCCUGCCCGGCCCCCAGCGCAGCCCGGGUUCCUGCCCGGCCCCCAGCGCAGCCCGGGUUCCUGCCCGGCCCCCAUCACAGCCCGGGUUCCUGCCCGGCCCCCAGCGCAGCCCGGGUUCCUGCCCGGCACCCAGCGCCCAGCGCAGCCCGGGUUCCUGCCCAGCACCCAGCGCCCAGCGCAGCCCGGGUUCCUGCCCGGCACCCAGCGCCCAGCGCAGCCCGGGUUCCUGCACGGCCCCCAGCGCAGCCCGGGUUCCUGCCCGGCCCCCAUCGCAGCCCGGGUUCCUGCCCGGCCCCCAUCGCAGCCCGGGUUCCUGCCCGGCACCCAGCGCAGCCCGGGUUCCUGCCCGGCACCCAUCGCAGCCCGGGUUCCUGCCCGGCCCCCAUCGCAGCCCGGGUUCCUGCCCGGCCCCCAUCGCAGCCCGGGUUCCUGCCCGGCCCCCAUCGCAGCCCGGGUUCCUGCCGGCCCCCAGCGCCCAGCGCAGCCCAGGUUCCUGCCCGGCACCCAGCACCCAGCGCAGCCCGGGUUCCUGCACGGCACCCAGCGCAGCCCGGGUUCCUGCCCGGCACCCAGCGCAGCCCGGGUUCCUGCCCGGCAUCCAGCGCCCAGCGCAGCCCGAGUUCCUGCCCGGCAUCCAGCGUCCAGCGCAGCCCGGGUUCCUGCCCGGCCCCCAGCACCCAGCGCAGCCCGGGUUCCUGCCCGGCACCCAUCGCAGCCCGGGUUCCUGCCCGGCCCCCAUCGCAGCCCGGGUUCCUGCCCGGCCCCCAUCGCAGCCCGGGUUCCUGCCCGGCCCCCAUCGCAGCCCGGGUUCCUGCCGGCCCCCAGCGCCCAGUGCAGCCCGGGUUCCUGCCCGGCACCCAGCACCCAGCGCAGCCUGGGUUCCUGCACGGCACCCAGCGCAGCCCGGGUUCCUGCCCGGCACCCAGCGCAGCCCGGGUUCCUGCCCGGCAUCCAGCGCCCAGCGCAGCCCGAGUUCCUGCCCGGCAUCCAGCGCCCAGCGCAGCCCGGGUUCCUGCCCGGCCCCCAGCACCCAUCGCAGCCCGGGUUCCUGCACAGCACCCAGCGCAGCCCGGGUUCCUGCCCGGCCCCCAGCGCAGCCCAGGUUCCUGCCCGGCCCCCAGCGCAGCCCGGGUUCCUGCACGGCCCCCAGCGCAGCCCGGGUUCCUGCACGGCACCCAGCGCAGCCCGGGUUCCUGCCCGGCCCCCAGCGCAGCCCAGGUUCCUGCCCGGCCCCCAGCGCAGCCCGGGUUCCUGCCCGGCCCCCAGCGCAGCCCGGGUUCCUGCCCGGCCCCCAUCGCAGCCCGGGUUCCUGCCCGGCCCCCAGCGCAUCCCGGGUUCCUGCCCGGCACCCAGCGCCCAGCGCAGCCCGGGUUCCUGCCCAGCACCCAGCGCCCAGCGCAGCCCGGGUUCCUACCCGGCACCCAGCGCCCAGCGCAGCCCGGGUUCCUGCACGGCCCCCAGCGCAGCCCGGGUUCCUGCCCGGCCCCCAUCGCAGCCCGGGUUCCUGCCCGGCCCCCAUCGCAGCCCGAGUUCCUGCCCGGCACCCAGCGCAGCCCGGGUUCCUGCCCGGCACCCAUCGCAGCCCGGGUUCCUGCCCGGCCCCCAUCGCAGCCCGGGUUCCUGCCCGGCCCCCAUCGCAGCCCGGGUUCCUGCCCGGCCCCCAGCGCCCAGCGCAGCCCGGGUUCCUGCCCGGCACCCAGCACCCAGCGCAGCCUGGGUUCCUGCACGGCACCCAGCACCCAGCGCAGCCUGGGUUCCUGCACGGCACCCAGCACCCAGCACAGCCUGGGUUCCUGCCCGGCCCCCAGCGCCCAUCGCAGCCCGGGUUCCUGCCCGGCCCCCAGCGCAGCCCGGGUUCCUGCCCGGCCCCCAGAGCAGCCCGGGUUCCUGCCCGGCCCCCAGCGCAGCCCGGGUUCCUGCCCAUCACCCAGCGCCCAGCGCAGCCCGGGUUCCUGCCCGGCACCUGGUGGUGCAGCAGUUGAAGACAUGCAGGAGCCUGAUGUCCUCACUCCUCACAGCUGA